UUCACCGCUCUGUGCUAUUUAAAAGAACUCGAUUUUUAGUUCCACUGACAUUAUUUUUGUCGAUAUUGAUAAGAAAAACUUAUAAAUACGAUUGCUUUGACGGAAGAAAUGUUGUUUGUGCUGCAGUGAUUGUUUCGAAAUCAGGGAUUUUUGUGCAUAUAUUGGUAAAUUAUUAAUAGCUUGGUGAGGUGAUUGACAAUGUUUGACCUAUCCUACGCCACCACAUAUCUAAUAGGAAUAAUAGUUAUUCUUAUAACCUACAUAACAUGGUACUUCUACAACACAUACCAAUAUUGGAAAAGAAGAGGUGUUCCAUACAUAACCCCAACUAUUACCCCAUUUGGAAACACUCUGGACCUCUACAUGGGAAAAAUAACUUUCGGAGAACUAUUUUCCAACGCCUAUUUAGAAUUUAAGAGAAGAGGAGAAAAACAUGGAGGACUUUACUACAUGAAUAAACCCGUUUAUGUUCCUGUAGAUCCUGAUAUUAUAAAGAAAAUUGUUAUAAGUGAUGCACACUAUUUUCCUAAUCACGGGAUGUAUCUCAAUCCAAAAGAGGACAUUUUAUCUGGACAUCUUUUCAAUAUGGAAGACAGCAAAUGGAAAGAUCUUAGAGUUAAAACUCCGUCUAUUUUUACAUCUGCUAAAAUGAGGAAAAUGUUUAUUACAAUGCAGAAGAUGGUGGAUCCUCUAAGAGUGUGGUUGGAUGAAUACUCAACAACUGGCAAAUCUGUAGACAUAAAAAGCUUACUGACCCGUUUUACAACAGACACAAUUUCAGCCUGCGCUUUCGGUAUAGACACCAACACUUUAAAAAACGAAAACGAAGAUUUACUACAUCACGGUCGUCAGUUCUUCGACUAUCAAUGGAGACUCUUAAACAACACCUUGGUGGUCACCAUCCCCAGAAACGUUUUGCAAAUGUUCAACUUCAGGAUAUUCCCGAAACAAACCGAAAAAUACGUCGUAGAUAUGUUCACCAGCAUAUUCAACUACAGAAAGAAGAAUAAUAUAUACAAAAACGAUCUGACAGACACUUUAAUGAAGUUAACUGAAAGGAGAGAAGAAGAAAAAGAUUAUACUGGUAAACGCGUCAUGGAGCCGUUGAAUAUGGAUGAAUUUUCCACUCAGAUGUUUUUAUUUUUCUGUGCUGGUUUCGAAACAUCUUCGUCAACUCUUACGUUUGCUUUAUACGAGCUUGCGAAGAAUCCAGAUUGUCAAACUAAAUUGAGAAACGAAAUAAAUAGGGUGUUAGUUAAACAUGAUAAUAAAUUGACGUAUGAUGCUAUCAUGGAAAUGAAGUAUUUGGAACAUGUUAUCGAUGAAACUUUGCGAAUAUACCCAAUAUUCCCUAUAGUAGCACGAGUCUGUAAAGAAGACUACCCCAUACCUGGUACUGAUGUUACUCUGGAAAAAGAUACGUUCGUUAUGGUAACAAACAUGGGUAUUCAAAGAGACCCAGAAUACUAUCCGGAUCCCAUGAAAUUUGACCCUGAGAGAUGGACGUACGAAAAUAAGUUAGGCAGACCUUUCGUUGCUAAUAUGCCGUUUGGAGAAGGACCAAGAAUAUGCGUUGGAAAACGUUUCGGCCUUCUUAACACCAAAUUGGGCUUGUUGACGAUGAUGAAGGAUUACGAUUUUACGCUUAGCGACAAAACGACAAAAGGAUGUAAAUUCGUACCAAAUCAAUUAAUAUUAAAAAAAACCGGAGAUGUAUGGUUAAAUAUACAAAAAUUAGUCAAGUAGUAGUUUUAGAUAUAUAGACGAAAAGUAGAUAGGUAUCUACUUUUCUGUAAUUAUUUAUGUUUAAUAAUAAUAGUAUAAUAAUGUUCUUACUAGAAUGUAUACGACAUUACCUAUCCGUUCAAGAGAUUGGUAGAGCAUAAUUAUGUGUGGUACAGUCUCUGAAUAGAUAGGAUAAUUAAUAAUAUGGAUGUAGAAAAAAGUUAUUAGCUACUUUUUAAAAAUAUAUAUUUCAAAUUAGUUGUAGAUUUUAAGGACAACUUACUGUAUAUUCUGUGACGAUAUUUAAAUAUAUAUAUAUAUAUAUAUAUAUAUAUAUAUAUUUUUAUUUUUCGCUGUUGCUAGGUACACGCUAAAGUGUACACAAAUCAAAAAAUUAUAUACACGCGAAACGUCAUAUUGCUGUGGUGAGAGGUGUUUGUGUGAAUACGUCUUGUCUGUUUUCAUUUACACCGUGACUAGCAAUAGUAUUUUAUAAACCUUAGAAGCAAAUUUCACAUACAUGAACAAAUAAUAAUAAUGCCGUGAUAACAAGAAAACGAAGCAACGACUUCUUGUAGGGUGGCGGCUUCGCCGCCACCAGAAAAUUUCAAUCCAUACCUAGCUACGCCUACCGGCAUAAACACACAGUUUACCUACUCUGUCAAGACGUCUCGCGUCUAUAUAAUUUUUUGAAUUGCGUACAAGUUAGCGUGUACCUAGACACUGUGUUUAUUUUUACUUUACAAUGUAUUUUUUUCAUAAAUCUUGCAAUAAAAUAAGUUAU